ACCGAUCGCCUACCGUUCGACACCCUACCGCGUGUGCACAACCCGCUAACCGCUGUUAUCUUUCCUUUGUUUGUCCCGAAAACCACGAAAAUUUUCGUGUACGCGAUGCGCGGAAAAUAGUGGGGAUGCGCAUUGCCGAGCGAUAUACGAAUUUCGCCGACAUACCUUUCGCCGCGGUAGUUCGUGAACCCCUCCCCGCGCCCUCGCGCACGUCGUAGGUCGUACCACUACCCGUGUCCCAAACACACGGCCAACAGUCACCGUUCCGUUGAUUUUGGGUUUUUUUUUUUUUUUUUUGUUUUUGUUUUCCAAAAGUUUCCUCUCGCGUCUGGCGUCGUCUGCCGCUGGGCCAUUCGUUUUUCUGGCCGCCAACGUCCGAAGAGGCCUGAACGCUGUCUCGCCGGCAUCGCACCGUACACGUUCCACCGCCGUCGACUCUUGUGUGUGCGCGCCACCAACGUGGUGGUGAUCCGCUAGACAGCCAGCCGCCCGCCGUCCAGCCCGUCAGUCGCGCCAGCUCCGCCGUGCCCCGACGAUAGUUGUGUACCGCCGUUGUUCUACACUGUGUCACUGUCCGCUUGAUCACGAUCGCCACAAAACAAACAUGGUUUACAAAAUAAAGAAACACUCGACGAUGCCCGUUCACGUAGUCGAUGACCAUAACGACGCGUUGCGAUAUAUCUACCGGGAAAUAGGUUCCAAACACUUGCCCUUGUACGGCAAUGUUUUGUUGCAUUUUGAUUCGCAUCCGGACUUGUCCAUUCCAAAAGAUAUGCCGGCCGAUUAUGUAUACGAAAAAGAACAGUUGUUUGAUUCGCUGAGCAUCGAGAACUGGAUAUUGCCAGCUGCGUACGCCGGCCAUUUUGAUAAAAUUAUCUGGGUAAAGCCCCCUUGGGCACGGCAAUUCAACGAAGGCGAAAUUGUGUUCAGUAUUGGCAAGCAUAAGAUGUCCGGCGCCAUACGAUUGACUAAUUCUAGUGAUUUUUAUCUGAGCGAAGGUCUUUAUUGUUUAGAAAGUGAUCUCAUUAACAUAAAAACGAUCAAGUUGUUUGUGUUUACCAUGUGUAGUUCAAUUUUCAAUGAUGGCGAGGAAAAAUUUGAGCUAUUGCGAAAUAAGUUUAUCGAGUAUACUAGAGAUAACCCUCAUUACAUCUUAGAUUUUGAUUGUGACUUUUUCUCCACAAACAAUCCAUUUUUAUCCAUGUAUGAUAAAGCAAAUCUUUAUACUAAUCUACAUAAAAUUUACACAUUUAAUUCGCCGACUAAUAAAGAAGACGUUAACAGCUUACUUCAGUGUUCUCGUUCUAGAGAAAUAUUGUUGCAAGAAUUAGAAUCUGUGUUCAUGCAUCUUGAUGACGGGAAAUCAUUAGAUGAGUAUCCGACUGAAAAUUUAACUGCUGUAAAUUCUGAAGAUUUAUCAUUUAUUGUAAAUGAGCUGUUGAAACAUUACGAUACUAUUGACUGGUUGAUAGUGCAUAAUGCUGGUUGCACAAUUGACAAUAUUGAAUUACCUAACCAUCAUACAGACAUAGCUGAUAUUGCAAAAUCUAUGGAUAUUGUAUUCAACUUUUUACCUAUAAUACAUGAACCAGCUGCCAUUACAAUUGCCUUGUCCACAGGAGACGAUUACUGUCCAUUGGAAAGUGCACGUUUUAUUAACGAAUCAUUGCUCGCAAAGCUAGAAUGUUUGUAUAAUAAACUGAAUGUUCAAAAAUGUACUGAAGGUUCCUAAAUUACUGAAACAUAAUCUAAAGUAUAAGUUUAUUUUAUCAUAACUGCUAGUAAGUUUUUUCAUUCUGUGUGCAACAUAAUAUUUUUUACAACUAGCGUUAUCUUAAAUUUAAAAUUUCUUUGCUGCGAGUUUUAAAUUCAUUAUUAUUAGUAUGAUAUGUUUUAAUUUUUUAUGUUUAGAACCUACUACCUUCAUUAGUAUGUAUACAUUUUAAAUGUCAAUAAAAUAAUAUUUUGUAUUAAGUAUUAUAUUAUAUAUAGAUUUUAUUUAAUGAGAAAUUCUCACUAAAUAUUACUACCAUUUGUUUUAUUAAUAUUAUGUCUCAUGUCUGUUUUAAAUACUUCAGUCAAAAAUAAUAAUAAUUCUCUUACUAAUGACAGCACUGCUUAGUUUUUAAAAUAUUUUUUAUAAGUUAAUUUAAUUAGGUGUAUGAAUACAAUUUUUGCAUGUUUAUCAAUUGUCAAUUUUUAAAAUAGAACAACCAAUAUAAUUAAAACUAGAAUAUAUUUUAUUAAACUGACAAAAAUGUAAAACUAAAAUAUUACUUGAAUGAUUUUAGGGUGUAUAUUUUCAAACAAUUUAAUAUUAUAACCAUUUCACCGAAGGCUGUAAAUUAUAUUUUUUUAUUUUUUUACUAAAUUAUUUUCAAAUAUUAUAUAGUUGGUGUUAAAUUGUUAGUCAUUAUUAUUGAUGAUUCAAAUUGUUGAUUGAAUGUCCUAAGUAUAUUUAAGUUAUUGUUAAACCAUACAUCACGUAUUCACUGUUCAGUUUAAUUUCCAUGUAACUGUGAUUGCUUGAUUAAAUACCUCUGUAAAAUUGUGAUGAAUAAUAGAUAUUUUUCUAUGUUAAAUACUAGGGGAAGUAUGUAUUAUAUUCAUAUGAAACAAAUUAUGGUUUUGAUGGCUCAGAAUUUAAUUGUUUGUUUAUAGACUACCUUCUAAACAAAAUUGGUUUUUACAUAUAUAUUUUUUUAUGUGUGCACUUAAAUGUUAAGUUUAAUAUUAUUACUUUAUAACUCAAAACCAAUUAAAUCUUCAAAACAUUUUAUUUUAUUUUUUUUUUGUUAAAAUUAAAAAUGUAAAAAAAUAUUAUUGUAGAAUUAAAUUAAUUUGUAUUUUAACUCAAAUCAAUAAUGUUUUAGGAUACCGUUAUAAGUAUUUUUAAGAUCUUGAUCUUAAUAAUUUAUUCAUGUUUAAAAAAAAAAACAAUGUAAAAAUUUGUAUCAGAUUCACUGUUUUUGAACUAAGAAUAUUUACUUGCUGUAAAUCUAUAAAU